GGGUGAGGAUGGAGGGAGCCUGUGCCGGGAGGCUGUGUCGGACUGGGCCAACUGGCCUGGACUGGGCUGAGCGGAAGCGGGGACUGCUGUGGGGCCGGUGCCUUUUCGUCUGCCCCGCCCCCUGGGACCACCUCCCCUUCCCCCUGCUGUCCGGCGGCCGCGGUCUGGCCAGUGGCCGUUAGUAAGGCUACCUGAGGCCGUUCUUUAAGGCCCCCUUUUAUCCUUGGCCGCGGAAAGGCCGCCUCUCUGCCGUGACGGCAGGCCCCAUCUCAGCGCCUAGCCCUGCUUGUGGGGAAAAGGCCGGUUGGGAUUCCGGGGCUUUCCCGCCAGAGCAGUCUCCUCUCUAGGGAGAGCUGUUUUGACCUGGAAGCUCAGCUUUCUAUCACCACCUGCUUCACCUCCCGCCUUCUUUGAGACCUGAAUGAUAUUUCUCGACUACUUCUGCGUCUCACGUAAACAUUUCUCCAACUCUUUUACUCUGUGGUAUCUCCCUGAGAUGCGAUAUCGCUAGUGCCACCACCAGAAAGAAACGUCUGGACCCUCCUGCCCAGGUUAUGAAAAUCCCCUUAACUGCCGCAGCUUGCUUACCUGGCUCAUCACCUCCUGGACUUUGUAUCUUUGCUAAAGUCAGUGAUGUGAAAAGACUUGACAUGGAUGAUAUUGCUGAUAGGAUGAGGAUGGAUGCUGGAGAAGUAACUUUAGUGAACCACAACUCCAUAUUCAAAACUCACCUCCUGCCACAAACAGGUUUUCCAGAGGACCAGCUAUCACUUUCUGACCAGCAGAUUUUACCUUCCAGGCAAGGAAAUGUGGACCGAUCUUUUACAUGUUCCACAAGAAGUGCAGCUUAUAAUCCAAAUUACUACUCAGGAUUCUUUGUCAGCAAGAUGAGAUCUCCUCCCCUAAAAAGACACAACCCUUCCUCAGACAGUUUUCUCGGCUCAGGCGACUUAAGAACCUUUGGUGAGAGUGCAAAUGGCCAGUGGAGAAAUUCCACUCCAGCAUCAAGCUCAACUUUACAAAAAUCAAGAAACAGCCGAAGUCUUUACCUCGAAACCCGAAAGACCUCAAGUGGAUUAUCAAACACUUUCACGGGAAAGUCAAACCAUCACUGCCAUGCAUCUGCAUAUGAAAAAUCUUUUCCUAUUAAGCCUAUUCCAAGUCCAUCUUGGAGUGGUUCAUGUCGUCGAAGCCUUUUGAGCCCCAAGAAGACUCAGAGGCGACAUGUUAGUACAGCAGAAGAGACAGUUCAAGAAGAAGAGAGGGAGAUUUACAGACAACUGCUACAGAUGGUCACAGGGAAACAGUUUUCUGUAGCCAAACCUACCACACAUUUUCCUUUACACCUGUCUCGAUGUCUUAGUUCCAGUAAGAAUACUUUGAACGACUCCUUGUUUAAAAAUGGAAAUUCUUGUGCAUCUCAAAUCAUUGGCUCUGAUACUUCGUCAUCUGGAUCUGCCAGCAUUUUAACUGCCCAGGAACAGCUAUCCCGCAGUGUAUACUCCCUAUCAUCUUAUGCCCCAGAUGUUGCAUUUGGAUCCAAAGAGUCUGAUCUUCUCCACCAACCCCACCAUCACCACUCUCUUCCCCAUCAGCCAGAUAACUUAUCAGCUUCAAAUACACAAUCCGAAGGAUCAGAUUCUGUGAUUUUACUGAAAGUGAAAGAUUCCCAGACUCCAACUCCCAGUCCUACUUUCUUCCAGGCAGAGCUAUGGAUCAAAGAAUUAACUAGUGUUUAUGAUUCUCGAGCACGGGAAAGAUGGCGCCAGAUUGAAGAGCAGAAAGCACUGGCAUUACAGCUUCAAAACCAGAGAUUGCAAGAACAGGAACAUUCAGUACGUGAUUCAGUAGAACUGCAUCUUCGUGUACCUCUUGAAAAGGAGAUCCCUGUUACGAUUGCCCAAGAAACAGAAAAAAAAGAUCAUAAAUUAACUGAUAGUGAAGAUGAAUUUCCUGAAAUUACAGAGGAAAUGGAGAAAGAAAUAAAGAAUGUAUUUCGUAAUGGGAACCAGGAUGAAGUUCUUAGUGAAGCAUUCCGUUUGACCAUUACGCGCAAAGAUAUUCAAACUCUAAACCAUCUGAAUUGGCUCAAUGAUGAGAUCAUCAAUUUCUACAUGAAUAUGCUGAUGGAGCGAAGUAAGGAGAAGGGAUUACCAAGCGUACACGCAUUUAAUACCUUUUUCUUCACUAAGUUAAAAACGGCUGGUUAUCAGGCAGUGAAACGUUGGACAAAGAAAGUGGAUGUAUUUUCUGUUGACAUUCUUUUGGUACCCAUUCACCUGGGAGUGCACUGGUGUCUAGCUGUUGUGGACUUUAGAAAGAAGAAUAUUAUCUAUUAUGACUCUAUGGGUGGGAUAAACAAUGAAGCCUGCAGGAUCCUCUUGCAAUACCUAAAGCAAGAAAGCAUUGACAAGAAAAGGAAAGAGUUUGACAUCAAUGGCUGGCAGCUCUUCAGCAAGAAAAGCCAGGAAAUUCCACAACAAAUGAAUGGAAGUGACUGUGGGAUGUUUGCCUGCAAAUAUGCUGACUGUAUAACCAAAGACAGACCAAUCAACUUCACACAGCAACACAUGCCAUACUUCCGGAAGCGGAUGGUCUGGGAGAUCCUCCACCGAAAGCUCUUGUGAAGACUGUCUCAGUUAGCAGACCCUGACUUUGUGGGGGACCAGCUCUUUGUUGUCUACAGCCAGAGACCUUGGAAACAGCUGCUCCCAACCCUCUGUUGUUGUAAAGCCCUUGAUCCUGGACCAGGCCCUGGCGAGAUGCAUUCACAAGCACAUCUGCCUUUCCUUUUGUAUGUCAGAUACUAUUUUUGCAAAGAAACUUUGGUGCUGUGAAAGGGGUGAGGGACAUCCCUAAGCUGAAGAGAGAGACUGCUUUUCACUUCUUCA